UCCUGAGUUCGCAGGGCCUGGAGAAGAGGGAGAAAGGGAGCGUUGGUGCCACCGGAAUAAGGUCCCCCUGAAGGACGAAGACACCUCCAAUCCAGCCAGGAGAUGCGUGGAUGUAGACCAGGGUCACAAUGGUGCACAGCCCUAUGUUUGUUACGCUCGUCUUGACCUAUCUGUCGUCCUUCGUUGGCCUGAUCGGCAACCUCAUCGUCCUUUUCGCUUUCAUCAGCAAUGCCAUCCGUCACAAGGCGGUGGAACCUCUGGACCGGAUCAUCAUCAACAUGGCGCUGGUCAACUUCCUUCUCUGCUGCUACAGGGCCAUCCCCGGGCUGCUCCUUUCCAGCAGCACCAACGUUUUCAAUGAGCUGGGCUGCAGGAUUCUUCUCUACACCUACCACACGCUCAGGCUGAUCAGCAUCUGGUCCGUGGAGAACCUGAGCUUCCUCCACCUCAUCAAGAUCCGACGGCCCAACCAGCCGUGGGCAAAGUUCAUCGACCGGCACCAGGGACAGUAUGUCAACAGCAUCCUCGUGGCCUGUUGGAUUUUCACGAUCCUCUUACAUAUCCCUUACCUGACGUAUGACAGUGCAGCAGUGAGAACAAACAAGACCAUAGUCCUCCUGGCCAUUUCAACCUGCUUAACGUACACAGAGAGCUCUUCCAUUAGGUACAGCACUUACGUAUCCAUCGGCUUGGACCUUGUCCUCAUCACGCUAGUCGUUGUCCUCAAUGGCUUUAUUAUUGACCUCCUCUGUAAGCACAGCAGGAAGGUGGAGGCUGUCUCCUCCGCCACAGGCACCAGCUGGAACAACCACACCGCCCAGGCCACUAAAAUCUUGCUUUCGUUACUCUGCAUCUACGUUAUCUGCUGGAUCUCCAAUGACAUGGUCUGGAUAGCUACCAUCUCCGGGUAUAUCAAGAGCAAUUUUGAACACAGCCUCCUCAGCGCGCUCUACGGCAUCCUGGCUUCCGUUUAUUACUCGGCCAGUUCCUACGUGAUCGUGUUUGGCUACCAAAAAGUCAGAGAGUACGUGGUGGAAGCCUGCGGGUGCCUCAAAUGGACGAGGCCCACCGUCGUCCCUUGUUGAGAGGAAGGGGCAGGCCUUCCAAAGGGUGGAGGAAGGGCUCUUGUCCGUUCGGAUCGGGAACCGACUUGCUCUAAGCCGCAAAAUUCUGGUCGCCGUCUGGGAAAACCACAACUUAACAAAGAAUCCAUUUACAGUUCAGGUGGAUGGACUCAGCUCCUGGAUCCUCGCUGGCUGACACCUCCGGCGUCCUUACUGAUGGGAGAGGAGAUAAAGAUCGCACAAGAAAGAAGUUCAUCGAGCCUGCUAAGAACGCACAGCUGCUGGACUAAACCCUGGCCCUUUGCAGCUGCUCAGGUCUUCUGAUCAGGUCGCACAUUUUUUUUUAUAUACCAACGUUCAUGUAGAUGUUCCAUCUCUUAUGGAACCACAGCUACCGCUACCUUCUUUUGUGGCUUGUUUCAGGUAGCCGUAAUAAUAGCUUUUGUAGGGGAACUGGGGGUGUGAAGCAGUCAGAACCAGAGAGCGGGGCAGAAAGAAAGCAACCCGGGACUAUUAGCA